CGGGCGGGCGGAGAGAGAGAGACAGCAGGCGGGAGGGAGGCGGCAGAUCUGCGGCGUCCGGGAGCCGGAAGGAUGGAGGUCCGACCGGAGAGACUGAAAGCGGCCGCGGGGAAGACCCUCGGCAAAAUACACAGGUUGUUGGAGAAACGUCAAGCCAAUGGCGAGGCGAUCGAGCUGUCGGCAGAGGGGCGUCCUGAGUUGGUGGAGGAGAAGGAGCUGCCCAUCGUGGACUGCACCUGCUUUGGCAUGCCACGCCGCUACAUCAUCGCCAUCCUCUCGGGUCUUGGCUUCUGUAUAUCCUUUGGUAUCCGCUGCAAUCUGGGUGUGGCCAUCGUCAGCAUGGUGAACAACCACACCGUCUCCAGGGGGAACAAAGAGGUACUGGUGGGAGCUCAGUUCUUGUGGGACCCAGAGACAGUGGGCAUGAUCCAUGGCUCCUUCUUCUGGGGAUACAUCGUCACUCAGAUCCCUGGGGGAUUCAUCUGCCAGAAGUUUGCUGCUAACCGUGUUUUUGGCUUUGCUAUUGUGGCCACCUCCACCCUCAAUAUGUUUAUCCCAACGGCAGCGAGAAUUCACUAUGGCUGUGUGAUUCUGGUCAGGAUCUGCCAGGGUCUCGUGGAGGGGGUGUCGUACCCAGCAUGCCAUGGGAUUUGGUCAAAGUGGGCCCCACCUCUUGAAAGAAGCCGACUGGCUACAACUGCCUUCUGUGGCUCCUAUGCGGGGGCCGUGGUGGCGAUGCCGUUGGCGGGGGUGUUGGUGCAGUACUCCGGCUGGUCCUCAGUUUUCUACGUCUACGGCAGUUUUGGGAUCUUGUGGUAUCUCUUCUGGAUCCUGGUGUCCUACGAGAGCCCAGCAGCUCAUCCCACCAUCACCCCUGAGGAGAGGAAGUACAUUGAGGAUGCCAUCGGUGAGACUGCAGGCCUGGUAAACCCCCUUCAGAAAUUCAAGACCCCCUGGAAAUGCUUCUUCACCUCCAUGCCGGUGUACGCCAUCAUCGUGGCCAACUUUUGCCGCAGCUGGACCUUCUACCUGCUUCUCAUCAGCCAGCCAGCGUACUUCGAGGAGGUGUUUGGCUUUGAGAUCAGCAAGGUAGGGUUGGUGUCCGCCCUGCCCCACCUGGUGAUGACCAUCAUUGUCCCGAUUGGCGGUCAGCUGGCUGACUUCCUACGCUCACGCCAAAUUAUGUCCACCACAAAUGUCAGGAAGCUCAUGAACUGUGGAGGGUUUGGCAUGGAGGCCACUUUGCUGCUGGUGGUGGGUUUCUCUCACACCAAGGGCAUCGCCAUCUCCUUCCUGGUCCUGGCUGUUGGAUUCAGUGGCUUCGCCAUAUCAGGAUUCAACGUGAACCACCUGGACAUUGCUCCUCGAUAUGCCAGCAUCCUGAUGGGCAUCUCCAAUGGGGUGGGCACUCUGUCUGGUAUGGUGUGCCCACUCAUUGUGGGCGCCAUGACCAAAAACAAGACCCGCGAGGAGUGGCAGUAUGUUUUCCUCAUAGCCUCAGUCGUUCAUUAUGGAGGCGUGAUCUUCUACGGUGUUUUCGCUUCCGGGGAGAAGCAGCCCUGGGCCGACGCGGAGGACACCAGCGAGGAGAAGUGCGGCAUCCUGGACGAGGACGAACUCGCCGACGCGACGGACGACAUGUACCGUGAUGGGGGAAUGGGCCAGUACGGCGCCAUGAGCCAGCGCCCACUGGGGGACAGCAAGGUGUCACGGAGGGGCACUGGUGGAGGGGGAGGGGGAGGUGGAGGCGGGGGUGGGUGGGUAGCCGAUUGGGACAAAAGCGAAGAAUACGUACAGCCACCUGGAUCUAACAGCUACUUGUACGGGGGGGAUGUGGAGAGGGAGUUGACCUAGAUGGAGGAGCAGGAAGUUACAGGAGGCAGGGAGGAGGUGUAGGAGGAGAGAUUCAAAUAGUGUCAGUGUGUGUGUACUGCUGUAUCCUGUGCGUGAGUGUGCGUGUGUCUGUACUGCUGAAUCCUGUGUGUGAGCGUGCGUCUGUAAGUAUGCCUGUACUGCUGAAUCCUGUGCGUAUGUGAGUGUAUGACUGUACUGCUGUAUCCUGUGUGUGUGUGAGUAUGCGUCUGUAUGUCUGUCUGUACUGCUGUAUAUGGAGCGUGUGAGUGUGUGUCUGUACUGCUGUAUACGGAAUGUGUGAGUGUGCGUCUGUCCCUUGAGAGUGUCGCUGUGAUUUUAUUGGAAGACUCCCUCCAUGCCUGGUAGGUUUUGUGUUAAUGGCAACGUGAGCUUUUCUGUCCCUUUUUCUCACUUGAGGGUUUGCACUUUGCAUUUAAUGGACUUUCUAUAGAUUCAGAGUUUAAAAGGCUUAUUAGUGUUACCUGUCUGUGUAAAACAGCACUGAACGCCCAUUAGACAAACACAGCAACCGCGCAACUCAAAGCUACACUCCCAGUGAGCCACUGGCUGUAGCAGUGACCUGGUAGCAGCUAGCGGGGACCUAUGGCCACAUUUUCAGUAUUUGAGGAGUCCUGGGGGGCCUCAUGGUCCAGAUGGUCUGGAGUCCUGGGCCCCCUGUUAUUGGGGCUGGUGGUCUGACGUGCAUCUUACAGUUCAGUUAUUCCUCAUCAUCAGGUGAAACUGUAUGUCUCAGGCCAUCAGUUUCCCCUGCUGCUAUGUGCAGAACAACCAAACUUCACCCUGAAAUACUCUUCUUUAGUAAAAGUUUAUCCAGCUACAAGCCUGCAGUAUUUUCCCAUCGCAGUUGUGCUGAUUUGCUGAACGUGAAUGAAAAGAGAAGCCGGUUGUGGAAAUGCAUUCUGGGAAUUCAGUGUCUCACAUGGGAGAUUCAGGCAUAGCUGCCCUCCAUCCCACGGCGGAAUCUUCUGUAGCGGUUUUAUAGAUUAGGUGUUAGCAGCCCUGUGAUCUUUGGGUUCAUCCUACUCGUGUGUGUGUGUAUCAGUGUGUGCAUGUUUUAAUAGUUUCAGCACCUGUACCCCAGAUAUGCAGCCACCCCUUUGCUGAUGCCUGUGCCCUUAGCAAACACUGGGGGGCGCCACUGAGCUUGACAAACUCUUCGCAGGGCUGAUCUGACCCGAAACCUCUGAGCUGAACUCCACCCACCUCUGAAACUGAAUGCUCAUGGGUGCAUAAGCGAGACCAUGGGGGGGUGAGGGGGGGGGCGCUGUGUGCACCCGCCCUACUCCUGCGUUUACCCUGCUUUGCAUGAGGCCUGCGCUCCUUUGUGUGUGUGCUGAGUUGGCCAACAGGCGGACAGCAGCCAGCAGCAAUAGAGUUUGCAUCUGUCAGUCAUGUGUGUGCUUACAGGUGAUUGGUUGCUGGGGGGGUAGUGGGAGGAUCAUGUCGUUUCUCAAGAUACGCUUAAAACUACUGAAAAGGAAAUGCAGCAUUUUCAUAAAAUAUUUGAACAAUCAUGUUUAUUGGUAAUAGAAGAACGUUAUGAAGUGUUUACCUACAGUUCAUGAUAUCUGCAAUUAAUUUGACCUGUAGAGGGUUGCAAUAACCAGCAGAGAUCCCGAGGCCCUCAGGAACGCUGUGAAUUCUGGGAAGGGGAGUAUGGGAACAUACAUGCCUGCCUUCACUAUGAAGCUGAAUGAUGUUAUACUGCUGCAUUUUAAUAAUUGUUCUGGUCUGUCCUGUUAUUUUUUAAUUCUUGUUUUGUUUUCAUUGUUCUGUUCUUUGUGUUAUUUAAUUGUUACAAAAAAAAU